CGGGCAGAGGGGCAGCCACUGCCAACGGCAGCCCUCGCGCCUCAUCGCAUUCUGCGGAAACCAGGUGAGAGCGCAGUGCCGGUGGAGCAGGUUGGCAGCAGCUGAGUUUUCAGGGAAUUUUCCUGUGUGCUGCUAAUUUAUGUGAUAACAGUUCUUAAGUCUGGAAUAAUUUUGUGAGCAAGAAGAUAUCUUAUUUACAUCAGUGCUCCAAGAUACAAGGACGUAGCAUUCAGAGUAACUAGAUCUGAAAAUUGAGAGCCAUUAUGGCAGACACAGGAAGUGGCCCACAGUCAGGGGAGGAUCUGGCAGAUGCAAAAUCUAUUCCUAGAGGUUCCAAAGGAAAGAACCUCUCUGCUAGCAAGUCCAUGGACUCUGGAAUUGUGCCGGACCACAGUUACAGAAUGGAUUAUCCAGAGAUGGGGGAAUGUGUAAUAAUAAACAAUAAGAACUUCCACAGAAAGACUGGGAUGUCAGCCCGUUCGGGUACAGAUGCGGAUGCUGCAAGUGUCAGAGAAAUUUUUAUGAAGUUGGGGUAUAAAAUAAAGAUCAACAAUGAUCUUUCAUGUGUGGAGAUUUCUGAACUAUUGAAACGUGUUUCUCAAGAAGAUCACAGCAACCGAAGCAGUUUUGUUUGUGUGUUGCUAAGCCAUGGUGAUGAAGGAGUCAUCUAUGGUACAGAUGGCCCUCUUGAAUUGAAAGUACUAACAAGCCUUUUCAGAGGUGACAAGUGCAGAAGUUUAGCAGGAAAACCCAAGCUCUUCUUCAUUCAGGCUUGUAGAGGAACAGAAUUAGAUUCUGGUAUUGAGACAGACAGUGGGUCAGAAGAAACAAUGUGUCAGAAAAUACCUGUAGAAGCAGAUUUCCUGUAUGCGUAUUCCACAGCUCCAGGCUAUUACUCCUGGAGGAAUGCAGCUGAGGGCUCCUGGUUCAUUCAGUCACUUUGUAAAAUGCUGAGGGAACAUGCAAGGAAACUGGAACUCAUGCAGAUUUUAACUCGUGUAAAUCGCAAAGUAGCAGAGUAUGAGUCCUUCUCAACUCAGCGGGAUUUUAAUGCAAAGAAACAGAUUCCAUGCAUUGUCUCUAUGCUUACCAAAGAAUUUUACUUCCCUUCAUAAAAAAAAUCACCUUGUAAUUUUUCAGGGCAUGUUUUUAUCUGUAAUUUAUAUGCAAUGUUAGUAUGGAAUACUGCUUUUAAACCUGAAUUACUGUUGACUAGUGUGUGUGUGGCAUAAUGAACUGUAUCAAAGUUAGGUAUGUCCGUUAUUAGAAGGAAAGCAAGGUAUGGCUGUGUUAGGAAUGCAAACUUGAGUAGGCAAAUUUGGAAGUAGUGCUCUGAGUAUCUAAAAAAGUCAGGAAGAGGAGCCUGAAGGAAGAUCACUUAUCAUAUGUAUUUGGUGCUAUAUUUCACUUUCCUGAAGGCACAGAGAAAAGAAAUAGUUCUUGAAAAUAGUUCGGUUUCAUAUCUUCGCCAAAAGGAAGAAGAUUCAGAAUAUAUGUUUACUAAUGAUGGUAAUAUGAUAGUAGUGUCUUUGUACAUUUCUUCUGAACUCAAUUCUUAAAGUUUAGGUUAUAAACUAACCUAAACUGGUUUUAUAACUUAGGCAUAAACUAUGAAAAGUGGCAGUUUCAUUUUUUACAUACAGUUAGGAAGCCUGUUCAGAAUACAGUCGAUUUUUUUGCUGAUCAUUUUCUAUCUCUUUGUACGGAGUAUUAGGUAAAGCAAUUGUAUCAACACAGUAGCUAUUUCAAAAUAAGUUUUAUAUUCUGACCUUGAAGCUGAGUGACUAAGGUACCAGUCUUCCAACAUUUCCUUUUCUGCAGCUCCCUAAAGGGGGAGCUGUUGGGGCAUAUUUGGGCCUGUAAGUGUUGGUGCAAAAGGAAGCCUGCAUUCUGAACAGGCUGCUUUCCACUUUCUGGUCAUAAAUAGGAGUGAGUUUGCUUCAUGCUGUGUGCCUACCACAUUUAACCUGUGUGGAAACCCAGAUUUGUGGUAAUGGAGAAACUUCACUUCUUAACUCUAGUAUCAGAUUGAGUAAAUGACAAGACAAAUAGUAAAUUUGUAUAUCUUGACUCUGAAUUUUGUGGAACUGGCUUUUACAAAAUUGUAAAACAUUUUUAUUGAUGUUUCAGCUUGCCUCAGUCUUUAAGAUAAGAGGAAGACAAUGGUAAAUGACUCUAUGGUGCUUGCGAAAAAGACUUAAAACUAGCAUAAAUGUUAUGUUAUUGUUAGCAAAUGUUAGCAAAUUUGUGCUCAAUUCCAGAGGCAUUUGGGGUUUUGGGGUUUUUUACUUAAAUUAAAUACUGUUUCCUAAAUUGUA